UGCACGCAAACACAGGUUCCGUUUAUUUCUAAGUUAAGGUUAACAACGAAACUCAAUGGACAACCAUGGAUUGGGCAGUGGAUUUGGAAAUUUCUUCGAAAAAACUUUUACCUCGUCUCGGUAGAAGAUCGACACAAAAUGUUGUACAAGAAGACUCUAAACUCGACGAUGAUCUUUUAGAAAGUCCUGUAUCCUCGACCUCCGUUAAAUCAUCGCAGCCACCUGUAGCACCACCGCGUACUAGGAAAACUGGGUGGGGUGAUGAGUUGAAAAGUGGAAAAACACGUGGAUCCUUGAGUAUCAUUGAACAACUGUUUUUUAGGGAACGUUCUCGAGGAACGGAAAAGGACGAAGUAAUUGACGAUAUCCCUGUUAUACCAGAUUUGGACGAAAUUCAAGAGGACAAUGUUUUGUCUGACAUAAAUACACCAACGGUCAACGUGAACAGGGUUACUGCGUACAAAGAACUUGAUACGGAUUUCGUGAAAAAUGCGGCAUUUACGUCUCUGAAUGGCGUUAAUCUUUCUCUUUUAGCGGAGAAACUAUACAGUGAACACUUAACAAAGGAACCCGAUGAAGUAUGGAAUUGGAAUCUUCUUUUUACUCAAGUUGCAUCUGAAAUAAACAGUGAAGCACAAAAAAAACUUAUUACAUAA